CGCAACACUAUUGGACACACUUCUAGAAAAUUCGGGUACGAGCACGAAUGAAGGAACUAAUGCGGCAAUAAACCGGCGUUUAUACGUUAGAUUGAUCGAUUGUAGAAUUCAGCAACGUGUUUCUCUCUUCGUGUUAUUCGGAAGAUAAGCAAGAUUUAAUUGUUCUUGUAAUAAAUUGAGACAAAUUUUAGUUAACGAUGGCUGCUAUGUCCGUCAUUGGUAUUGAUUUCGGUAACGAAUCAUGUUAUAUCGCUGUGGCUAAAGCAGGUGGUAUUGAGACAAUAGCCAACGAUUACAGUCUCCGCGGUACUCCAUCAUGUGUCGCGUUUUCACCGAAAAAUCGAAUAUUGGGAGUGGCUGCAAAGAACCAAAUGGUCACAAAUAUGAAAAACACUGUUUUUGGCUUCAAGAGGCUGUUAGGUAGAAAAUUUUCUGAUCCAUAUGUUCAGAAAGAGCUGAAACAUUUCCCCUUCAAGGUUGAACAAAGACAGGAUGAUGGAAUCGGCAUUAGAGUCAACUAUCUGGGUGAAGACAAUGUCUUUACCCCUGAACAGAUAACAGCUAUGCUUCUCACAAAACUGAAAGAAAGCGCAACCAUAGCGUUACAGACACCCAUUAAUGAUUGUGUCAUAUCUGUACCAAGCUACUUCACAAACUCUGAAAGAAAUGCUUUGUUGGAUGCUGCCAAUAUUGCAGGAUUGAAUGUAUUACGCCUUAUGAAUGAGACCACUGCAACUGCUUUGGCUUAUGGUAUUUAUAAACAAGAUUUACCUGCUCCAGAGGAAAAGCCCAAGAAUGUAGUAUUUGUUGACUUUGGUCACAGUUCACUUCAGGUGUCUGCAUGUGCUUUCAACAAGGGUAAGCUGCGUGUUCUGGCUACAUCAACUGAUGCUCAAUGUGGUGGAAGGGACAUUGACAUGGCACUGGCUGACUAUUUCUGUCAAGACUUUAUUAGUCGAUUAAAGCUGGAUGCUAGGAAAAACCAAAGGGCUUUCCUUCGGCUGCUGCAAGAAGUUGAGAAACUGAAGAAGCAGAUGUCUGCUAACAGCACUCGUCUUCCUAUCAACAUUGAGUGCUUCAUGGAAGAGCGCGACGUUUCCAGCGAAAUGCAGCGCUCACAGAUGGAACAAAUCUGUGCUGAGACCUUCACACGCAUUGAAAGAACUAUGAGGGCUGUACUACACAAUUCUAAGCUGAGACCUGAGGACAUUCAUUCUGUAGAGAUCGUCGGAGGAUCUACCAGAAUCCCAGCUGUCAAGAACUUGAUUGAACAAGUGUUUAACAAGCAUGCCUCAACCACACUCAACCAGGAUGAAGCAGUGUCUCGUGGCUGUGCGCUGCAGUGUGCUAUGCUAAGCCCGGCAGUGCGCGUGCGUGAGUUCAGCGUCACAGACGUCCAACCUUACGCCGUGCGCCUUGCCUGGGAUGCCACCAAGGGAGAGGAUGGAGACAUGGAGGUAUUCUCCGCUUUCCAUGCCGCGCCAUUCUCAAAGAUGCUGACUUUCUACAGAAAAGAACCAUUCUCUGUGAGUGCUUAUUAUUCGGACCAGGUGCCUUAUCCAGACACUUUUAUUGGCCAAUGGCACAUCAGAGAUGUCCAGCCAACAGCUGAAGGAGAGUCUCAGAAAGUAAAACUCAAAGUGAGAGUGAACAUUCAUGGCAUCAUAACAGUCGCCUCCGCAUCCCUCGUGGAAAAGAAACAAGAUGCUGCUCAAAAUGAUAAUAUAGAAAUGGAGAAUUCAAAUGAAAAUUCUCAGGGACAAGAUGCUGCUAUGGAUACUAAUGGUGCCAGCCAAGAUCAGCAACAAAAUGGCCCCGAUAACCAAGAGGUGAGAGACGACGAAAUGAAGGGGGAGCCUCAACAAAAACAGUCGUGGACACAGAAAGUAGGACAGUGGUUCAGCGGGGAAAAUGCUGAUGAUAAAAAGGAUAAAUCCAAGGACAAGACCAAGAAGGUUCUUGUUAAAACCAUUGAACUACCAAUUGAUGCUCAGACACAUGGACUUGCUAAACAUGAUCUGAACUCCUUUGUUGAACAAGAGGGAAAAAUGCAAGCUCAAGAUCGACAGGAAAAGGAACGUGCUGACGCUCGCAAUGCUUUGGAAGAGUAUGUGUAUGAAUUACGUGGUAAACUGUCUGAAGGAGAAGCUCUCCACGACUUCAUCGCGGAAGAUAAUCGCAAUCGUCUUGUCAACCAGUUGGACGCUCUCGAACAAUGGCUAUAUGACGAAGGUGAAGACCAACACAGACAGGUUUAUAGCGAUAAACUAGCGGAGUUGAGAACAGAAGGCGAACCCAUCAAGCAGCGACGUUUGGAGUACGAACUCCGCCCUGGAGCAUUAGAUGAUUUUUCAAGAGCAAUCCAAUUAGCCAACAAAGCUGUUGAUUUGUACAAAGCUGGCGACAUUAAGUACGCUCAUUUGGCUGAUGUGGACGUACAGAAAGUAGCAGAAGCCGCUAAGAACGCACUGAACUGGUUGGAGAGUGCUCGCCAGGCGCUCGCGCAUACACCUCGCCACCAGUCGCCACCACACACCACGCAUCAGAUCCGCCAGGAACGACAGACCUUUGAGAAUACUGUAAACCCAAUAUUAAACAAACCCAAACCUAAAGAGAAGACCCCGCCGCCCGCCAACCCUACAGCUGGAGACGGACAGCCUGACUCUGCCGCGCCCAGUGACGCUCAGCAGACACAAGAACAAAUGGACGUCGAAUGAAUGUGAACCACUCCUUAUACUACCUGCACAUAUAAUACUGAAUCAUAAUACUAAAUAAUUACACUCCAUUCACAAUGUUCACUCCUACAUAAAGACUUUCAAGGAUAUUGUAUGAAGGAAGAUGUCCUUCCUUGUAUUUUUUUUUUAUUCUAAACUACAGUUCUCAUUUGGUGUUAUUGUUUAGUUUUAUGACACAAUCCGCGUUUUCCAUCAUGAAGGAACGCACGGACAAAUUAUAGUGAAUAUUUAUUUUUAUUCGAAUGAUGGAAUGGCUGGUUACAAUUUCAAAGUUAUUUUCUACUAUGCUACUAUAAUGCAUUUUUUUACGUAUCGUUUUGUUCAAUCGAAUAACUUUAAUACGCGCAUUUCAAAUUUUAGGCGUAUAACCCGAGUAAUAAAUAGUAUUAAUGUAAUUUAUAUUUUGGUUACAUUUUGUACACCUACUUAAUGCAUUUUUAUGCGAUAACUACAAUUUUAUUUCAUGUGAUGUGAUAAAAUUGAAUUUAGUUAAUAAUUAUUAUAGCCAAUAAAUUAAUACGAGGGGCACAUUGAUUAUAAAGGUGAAAUUAAAAUAUUCCUAAUCAAGAAAUGAAUUUCUUGAUAGUACUGGUUUUUAUUUUUACUUGUGAUUACCUAUAUUUUAAUUUCACCUAUGUGCUAGGCAAUAGAAUAAUUUUAAGAUUUUCGUGUUAUUUGUUUAAAUGGUAUAAUAUAAUGUUAGAAAACAAUACUUACAUUAAUUAAUACAACACAGUUUGCCGAAGGAUCCUACCCUUUUUGAUGAACAGGAAUGAUUUUCCGCAUUUUAAUUAUACCUUUGACUAGUAAAAAUGGAGAUCCUUUUGUUGAAUGACAAUGUGUAAGAAAUAAUAAAAUUGUAAGCUGGCCUUAUAACAUUUAACUAAUUUAAACAUCGCAGUGGAAAUGUCUUGAUGUUAACAAAAAGCAAUAAUCAUAAUUCCUGUCAAAAAGUGUGUAGAUUUUCUAUUACACAGAUCGAAAUUCUGGUCUCAGAAUUAUCUAAAAAUGCUUUUUAAUAUUGAAAUGAUUACAACAUAUGUUUUGAUGUAAAAAUAGACAUGUCUUUCAUCACAACAUAAAAAGUUUAUUUUUGCAUGGCAGACAUCAUUUCUUUGAAAAUAAAACCUCGCAUUCUUAGGCAUUUUUAUUAGGAAAACGUAUAUAAGUGUGUAGUAAAAUUGCUAAGACUGUAUUCCCGUUUCCAACAAAAUUCUUCUCAAAAAUAUUUACUUUUGAGGAGAAACGAACAUAACACUCGAAGUAUCCAAACUCGUUUUUUACACUGGUAAACGUUUUCAGAUAUGUUGCGUGUGUAAAAGUAUUGUUUCAUCACCUCCUUGUCUUCUUAUAAAGACCAUUCCAUCGUCUCAAAUUAGUUUAUGAGUUUAUUUAAACUUAUUGAGGUACUUGUAACUUUACUACUAUUACACUUUACCAUAAAACUUUUCGAUUUUCAAAAAACCCAACUCUGCAUUAUUUUAUUGAAUUGUUACUUUCCCUUAUUUCUAUACUCGAUUGGUCUCUACAAAAAUAAAUCAUUCCACACUUACCUACUGCAAUAAUAAUAUAGGAUCGAAAUUAAUACUUAGGUAAGGCUAUAUAUUAAGUCCUAUAUCCUCUGGUUUCCUGCGUUACAUGUUCAUGAAAAUCUCUAUAGUCAAUUUACAUUUUCAUGUAAUUAAUUUUCCCUUAGUUUUGAUUAGUGGGGCGUAGUUCUUGAACAAGAAAUUGUCUGCCCCUACUUUCGGAAAGUGCUUGUGUAAAACGAAUUCAUCAAUUUCUGUCACACUUCAUGUCAUCUGCUAUAUACUUAUAGGUUAUUGUGGCCUAUGUUGUACAUUUGAAAAUAAAAUGGUUGAACCAUUACUAUGUUAUUUGUGCAUUAAAGCUUAGUAAAUGGAUAAUUUAACAAUUAAAGUGUUUAUUUAUUAUCUUCA